AUGGCAGACUUCAAGAGGAAGAUGAUCAGGGUACUGAUACGAGACUGCCACGCCCGCAUCCACAAGUACCGCCAGAUGAUUGAACAUGAUUCGUCAACUUGUCAGUCGACCUUUACGGCACACGAGCUGGGGAUCCUCAAAGCGGCAAUUCUCGACAGCGCACGGCAUCACCGCAAGUUGCGUGAUGACCAGUUGCCUGGAAAAUUUGAGAAAAUAAGUCCGCCAAAGCAGCCCUCUACUGACGCUGCCUUGGUUCACAACUUGUCCUCUCAUCGUUUCACUCAGCAACAACUAGCGGUUCUAUCCUAUGACGCGAAGUUCAGCACAAGAGAUGCUCGACCGGAAGACUUUACUGCCUCCUUUGAAUCGGCGCUCCAGAAGUGUGAGGCAGGCGAGGAGUGCAAAAACGCCAUGCCACAACAAGUGUCGACCUUACUCCUCCAACACAAACGCCAGAUGACGAUUUCUAAAGCAGAAGAUCGAGAACUUCCGAAGAUACGAAAAAUAAAGGAUAUCGUCACCCUGCCCGCCGACAAGGGGCGCUCGACUGUCGUCAUGGAUAAGGCUGAGUACUGCACAAAACUAGGCAACCUCUUGAUGGACAAGGAAGCUUAUGCGCCAUCGAGCGUCAGCGAGUUUAAAAAGCUCGUAAACAGCAUAAACAAUACGAUCGGCAAGCUGAGGAAGGCGGGAGCUCUUACGAGAAGGGAAGCAUUGGCCGCAAAAGCCAGUGAUACCGCGAUGGCGCGCUUCUACGGCCUACCAAUGGUCCACAAGCAGGGGGUGCCACUACGCCCCAUCGUCCCCUUACGUGGUACUCCAAACUCUGGGCUGUCAAAGUGGCUGUACCAACGACUUUGUUUCCUUACCAAGGAUUCGGAGUGGACAGUGAAUUCGGCUGAAGAGUUCUUGACGCGCCCCAAACAUCUCGAAGUGGAGGCAGAUGAGGUGAUGGUGUCAUUUGACGUGAUCUCAUUAUUCACCUCCAUCCCACCCGCGCUGGCUAUCGACACUAUUUAUGGCUUUCUACGGGAAAGGUAUGAUGAGGCCGACCAACACCUCAAACGAGCAGACAUCUUCGAGUUCCUAGAACUGUGUCUUAAGACCUUUACAUUCAACGGCCAAGCCUACUAG